UGCAGCGUAUAAAAGUGGCGCUCUUCAAGGAAGUAAAGCAGACGGGAACAAGUCAACAGGAAGAAGAAACCUUCACGUCGUCUUCAGUCGUCUGCAGCGCCAGGUCACGAUGCCAACCCACAAAGCGUUCGAGUCUGCGGGGAAGCAACCGGGUCUUCAGAUUUGGCGUGUGGAGAAGAUGGAAUUGGCAGAGGUCCCCAAAGAACUGCACGGAAGCUUCUACAUGGGAGACUCCUACAUCCUCCUCUACACCAGCUCCUCGCUGUCUCACAACGUGCACAUCUGGAUCGGCGAGCAGACGUCGCAGGACGAGCAAGGAGCGGCGGCCAUUUUGAUGAUGCAGCUGGAUGACUCCCUGAACGGCACCGCCACGCAGUUCCGAGAGUGCCAGGGCCAAGAGUCGCUCACCUUCCUCGGAUACUUCAAACACGGACUCAAGUACCAGAGAGGGGGCGUGGCAUCCGGCUUCCGUGCGGUGGUGCCCAACGAAGUGGACGUGAAGCGUCUGCUGCACGUGAAAGGUCGCAGGCGGGUGAACGCCAUCGAGGUGUCGGUGGACUGGGGCAGCUUCAACAGAGGAGACUGCUUCAUCUUAGACUUGGGCAAGGAGAUCUACCCCUGGGCGGGCAGCGACUGCAACCGCUACGAGCAGCUGAAGGCCACGCAGCUGGCCAUCGACAUCCGAGACAACGAGCGGCGAGGGCGCGCGAACAUGCACCUCGUCGACGAGGGCGACGAGCCCGAGGACGUCAUCAAGGUUCUGGGAAAUAAGCCCGAUCUGCCUCCAGCAACUAGCGACGAGUGUACGGUUCAAAAGUGCAGAAGUCCGGCAUCACUCUACAAGGUGUCAGACGCUUCUGGCAAGAUGGCGCUGACCCUGGUGGCCCAGAAGAACCCGUUUAAACAGGACAUGCUCUCCUGCAAGGAAUGCUACAUCCUGGACAACGGCAAAGACAACAAGAUUUUCUUCUGGAAAGGUCGCGACUCCAACACGAAAGAGCGCAAAGCUGCGCUGACUCACGCCAACCAGUUCAUCAAGGACAAGAAUUACUCGGAAAAGUGUCAGGUCCAGAUUCUGCCACAAGGGGCCGAGACCACCCUGUUCAAAGAAUUCUUUGAGAACUGGCUUGACAAGGACGAGAGCACGGGGCCGGGCAAGGCGUACACGGUGGGCAGCAUCGCCAUCGUCAAGCCGAUCCCGUUUGAUGCCUCCAGUCUCCAUGGCAACAAGGUCAUGGCUGCACAGCAUGGAAUGGUGGAUGAUGGAUCAGGGAAAGUGCAGGUGUGGCGCGUGGAGGGCGGCGGCCGCGUCUCCGUGGACGCGUCCUCCCACGGCCAGUUCUUCGGCGGCGACUGCUACCUGCUGCUGUACUCGUACAACAGCGGUGACGGCGAGAAGCACAUCAUUUACAUAUGGCAAGGGAACAAGUGCACCAGAGAAGAGCUGGGAGCCUCCGCCAUCUUGGCCAUCGCUCUGGACAACUCCAUGGGAGGCGUGGCUACUCAAGUGCGCGUGAGCCAGGGCCAAGAACCCCCCCACCUGCUGAGCCUGUUCGGCGGAAAGCCCCUGGUGGUCCACCUGGGCGGGACGUCCCGCAAGGGCGGCAACAGCGAGCCGGCCGUCACCCGGCUCUUCCACAUCCGCCAGAGCUCCACCAUGGCCACCCGUGCCGUCGAGGUGGCGGCGGACGCGUCCUCUCUCAACUCCAACGACAUCUUCGUGCUCAAGUGGCCCAAGGGGAUAUUCGUGUGGAAGGGGCGCGGUGCCACACCCGAGGAGAUGGCGGCCGCUAAACACGUGACGGGCAUCCUGGGCGGCGGCGCCCCCGCGGAGGUGGCUGAGACCAAGGAGCCCGAGAGCUUCUGGAAGGCGCUGGGCGGCCGCAAGGACUACCAGACCUCGAUGGUCCUGAGGAACGCCAAAGUGUGGCAGCCCAGACUCUUUGGAUGCUCCAACGCCAGCGGACGCCUCACCGUGGAGGAGGUCCCUGGAGAAUUGGACCAGCUGGACUUGGAGACCGAUGAUGUCAUGAUUCUGGACACUUGCCAGCAGGUCUUCAUUUGGAUCGGGAAGGACGCCAACGAGUCGGAGAAAAGCGGAGUCGCACGCAUCGCCCAGGAAUAUUUGGAGACGGACCCAUCCGGCCGCAAAGGUGUCCCCAUCACCACCAUCAAACAGGGGGAGGAGCCGCCUUCCUUCACCGGAUGGUUCCUGGCCUGGGACGCCACCUUGUGGGACAAAGACCUCCUGGCUAGAAUCGGCGCACGUUAGCACAGCUUGGUGCAUUUUAGCCCAUGUUAGCGCCUGUUAGCUCACGUGAGCCCAAGUUAGUGCACGGAAGUGCACGUUGGCGCACUUUAGCCCACAUUAGCUCAGGUUAGCCCGCGUUAGCGAAGAGAUUGCUUGCCUUGCUCUGCAAAAACUCCAAUCUUAUCAAGUGAAUUUAUCUCACUUGUAGUGAAAACAUCUUAGUUUACUUUUUUUUCCUCCAACUUUUCAGUGAGACAAAACAAUUUGUUUGAAGACGCAAAAUCUUAUUUUAAGACGCUGAUCAGGUCAGUUCCUACUCGUUCCAUUGGCAGAUUUGUUUUCUCUUAACACAAUUGACAUUUUGUCCCUAAACUAAAAGAGAAAAAAAAAUCUGCCAAUGGAACGAGUAGGAAUUGACUUGAUCAGCUUCUUAAAAUAAGAUCUCCUCUUUUUACAUUUUGAAAAAAAAAAAAAAAAAAGGUCAAAACUGUCUUCAAAUAAGCACAGUAAGAUGUUUUCUCUAGAAAUAAGAAACAAUAAUGUGGUAAGAUUGGAGUUUUUGCAGCGUAGUGUUGCAUUGCAGCUUAGUUGCUUUUCUGUCCAGUGGGCGGAGUCAGCUCGGUGGCCAAUCAAUUAACAGCUCUUUGACAAAAAAAAAAAGGAAAGAGGUUGUCAGGAAUGGGAAUGGAAAAUGUAACCAGAAGAGUCUAUUGUGUCAGUGCACGGUAUGGUUUCACUUUUGUGAGGUCUCCCAACACUUGAGUCACUUUUUGGGAGCAAACGAUUUGCUAAAUGCUGACUGUUUGGAGUGGAAUCUUCCUUUCUUUGCUUUCUGUCUGCUUGCAAACGACUGUAGAUGGGAAACAGUUGACGCGUUUUAAUAAACAUCAAAAUGAG